CUGUAAGACACUAGUUCGUAUCGGGACUCAGUCACAUAAACACAUUCUCAUAAGGCACAGUAAGAAAGCAACGGAUAAAUUAAUUGGAAAUCUAAAGGGAGCUGAAAGUUUUGUUCUCGAGUUUCUUGUUUGGCUCGUUUCUGCACUUGCAGAUUCUUUUUACCCAGCAUUUAUACACCCGAUGCAAGACCGGAUCUACUGGCCACAAAAUGUUUGACACCUCAUUGGGAACCGUCUUGGGUCUGAUGGCGCAGCUGAUUUGCCUGAUAAUUGGCCAGGUCCUGGUGCAAAUAGUCGAGCAUCCACUGAUCACCACUGGACUCUGCCUGCUGGCGGGAUUUGCCUACCACGCGGAUCAGGAGUCACUAAGGGAGGCCUAUCAGCGGGUUCUACUUUGGGCGAGGCUGCCCCUGCGAUUUGGGAGCUCCUACAUCUUUGGAUCGUGCUCAAGCUAUCCUGCUUCAGGAUAUGGUUACGAUAUGGACCACGGUCCGCACACCUGGUUGGCCAGGGAGGAGACCUGUUUCCAGAGUCCCGUCAACAUCGAUGAGAGCCAAAUCCAGCGCCUGGCCAUUCGAGAGUUGCUCAACUGGAACCACUACGAUGACUUGCCCGCCAGCAUCCAGCUGGAGAACACGGGCCACACGCUGAUCCUGCGGGCCCAGUUCCACGGCAAUGCACCCACCAUCAGCGGGGCAGAUCUGCUGGCCAGCUACACGUUCCUGGAGCUGCGCUUCCACUGGGGAUGGUGCAACAGCGAGGGCUCCGAGCACACGAUUAACCACCGCAAGUUUCCCCUGGAGAUGCAGGUGAUGCACCGCGCCGGGUCGGGGACUCCCAGGAGCUGCACCAGUAGCUACGACCUCCUGAUGAUCGGCUACGUCUUCGAGCUGUCCGCCCACAAUCCGUUCCUGGAUCCCCUGGUGCAGAACUUGCGCCAGGUGCAGCAGCCGGGAAAGCGGGUCCAGAUCCCGCCCUUCCCGCUCUCCUACUUGAUGUACCCGUUUCGCACCGGAUUCUACUCCUACGGCGGCUCGCUGACCCAUCCGCCCUGCUACCAGGGCACCGAGUGGUUCAUCUUCCCCGAGUCCCUGGCCAUCAGCGACUUCCAGCUGCGCCACUUCCGCUUGCUCCUCGGCCCGGACGGCAUCUCGCCCAUAACCCGCAACUGCCGACCAGUCCAGCACAUGGGCAACCGGGUGGUCAGCCUCAACUGCUUCUGUCCCUACGAUGCCGCCCAGCUGGCCAGGAUGCACGUGGAGCUCUGCCAGCAGCAGGCUCAGGAGGAGCAGGAGGUGCAACAGGAGCAGGAGCAGGAGCAGCAAGCGGAACUCCAGCGCGAGUUGGAGCGGCAGCGGGAGCGGGAUCUUGAAAGGCAGCGGCAAUGCGAAGCGGCGGCCAUCGCUGCCUCCGAGGAUGAGGGUCAGCUGGUGGAGACCAUCGAUACCACUACCAUAAUCACCAGUAGCAGCAACACCAGCAUCUGCAUGACCACGCUGAUGCGCAAGGAUUCGCCGGGGGAAGAGGAGAUCCCCACGGCGGUGCCUCCAUCCACUCAGAAUCCCAGUCAGAGUUCCCUUCGCAAUCCUGGCGUUGUGAUCUUCAGCAGUGGCAGCGAGUCCAAGCACAAGUGUGGCAUUCAGCUGGAUGCUCCGGAGGAGCUAAUGAUGGGAAUGGGCAUGGGAAUGGGUGGCCAGAACGGCUGCAAGGCCGAUGCCUUCAGUGGAGUGGGCGAUGGCGUCAAUAUCGGGGUACGCAUCGAGCUGGUCGACUAGGACACAUCCGUUUUACAACCAUUCUGUCAUCCAUAGACACUCCAUUUGUGGUCCAAGCUGCACGAAGAACUGGCGGGGGAGGAUGGAGUACGCGGAGUACAUGGAACACCGGUCAAGGCCAACUGGGGGCCAACUGCUGCUCACUGUGUGCCGGGAACCAAUGGAAUCGCGUGAGCGUGGAUUAAACAAGUUGCGUUUAUAUUUUCUGAA